AUGGCUGCACUGCGACGUCUAAGGCAAUGCCGCCCCAUGGGCAUUGUUACAUCUCAUCUUCACACAAGCAGCCAGGCCUCUGCCAAACAGCAUUACAAAAUGCUUGUUCUGGGAGGAGGAAGUGGAGGCAUUACUAUGAGUGCACGCAUGAAGAGGAUGAUGGGAGCUGAGAGUGUGGCUGUUGUGGAGCCCAGUGAGGCAAGAAUCUACAUAAUUGAAACACUUCACGUUCAAACAUUAGGCUACAAUGUUUGGGUUUGUUUUCACCAUUCCGCUUACCCGGUAUCAUUUAACUCUUUUCUUUUUCACAGACUCACUAUUAUCAGCCAAUAUGGACCCUGGUUGGUGCUGGUGCCAAAACUGUAGCCUCGUCAGGUCGCCCUACUGCAAGUGUCAUACCAUCUGGAGUGAAGUGGGUGAAAUCAAAAGUUCAGGAAAUCAACCCGGACACAAACACUGUCAGAACAGAUGAUGGAAAUGAGGUAAUGAUGCUUGAUCAACGCUUUUUUCUACACAUGUACAUCGAAGCGAUUGUGAACCAGUGUGUGUAACAUGUACCAUCACUCAGUCUUCAUUUCACAUCACAGAUCUCCUAUGAGUAUUUGAUCGUGGCUAUUGGUUUACAACUCCAUUUUGAGAAGGUAAUGAUUUAAUAUUUAACUCUAUUUCUAACAAGUAACACUUGUUUUCAUGUACUGAAUUACAUACAUUCAACUCAACACACACUGUUAAAAUAUAUACUGUUGUUAUUUGUAGGUCAAAGGACUGGUCGAAGGACUGGAACAUCCAAAGAUCGGGUCAAACUACUCAGUCAAAACUGUGGAGAAAACAUGGAAGGCUUUGCAGAACUUUAAAGAGGGCAAUGCUGUGUUCACUUUCCCAAACACACCUAUAAAGUGUCCUGGAGCUCCACAGAAGAUCAUGUAUCUGUCAGAUGAUUAUUUUAGAAAGGUAGGUCUUAACUUUUCAAAGUAAAGGAACACUGAAUUUUUAACAUUUCAAGUUUGGUUUUAUAAAUAAAAAAAAAUACUUGUUUUGUUUAUCCAAGUCAGGUAAAAGGGCAAAAGCCAACAUAAUAUACAACACAUCACUACCUGUGAUCUUUGGGGUCAAGAAAUAUGCUGAUGCACUGUGGGAGAUUGUGAAACAACGUGACCUUCAAGUAAACCUGAGGACCAACUUGAUUGAAGUGCGGCCAGACAAGCAAGAAGCUGUGUUUGAAAAUCUUGACAAACCGGGCGAAACCACAGUGAUUGAGGUAACUGUGUUAUUGUGGGUCAACCGUGUCUAACAACGUAGUGGAGUAUCAACUGCUUGAGAUAUAGAUUUAAGGUUGUAACCCUGAAAUAAUGCUGUUGUGUGUAUGUGCCGUAUGUUAUAAAGAAUCAAAAACAUUGUCUGUUAUUUGUUCCUGCUAAUACGCCAAACUGAAAACAAUAAGAGUUUAUAACUUUUUUUUUUCUUAACUAGUAUGAAAUGCUUCAUGCGGUGCCACCAAUGGGACCAAAUUUGGUGAUUAAAAGCAGUCCACUGGCUGAUGAUGCUGGCUGGUUGGAUGUUAACAAAGAAAACCUUCAACACAAGAGGUAUCCAAAUGUGUUUGGGAUUGGAGACUGUACCAACCUUCCCACAGCCAGAACAGCUGCUGCUGUAGGUAAGUGAAACUAUAAACUUUUCAUUAUACACUUGAAAACUAGCAAUCACAAAUCAAUCUGUUUUAAGAAAUAAGCCUCAAUUAAAAUGAUGAUUUUAAAACAGCCAAACUUUACAAUGUGGUCUGCUUGACUGUUAAGUCUAGGCACUGUAGCUGCAGUUGCUGUUUUUUUCAGAUAUUAUGUCUAUUAAUAUAUAAGAAGGAGCAAGGAAAUAGAAAAUAACUGUCCAAUGUGUAACAAAGCCAUUUUCUAACUUUACAGAAGACUUAAAAAGAUAAUCUUAUUUUUCACCCUCAGCUGCACAGUCUGCUAUCCUGAACAGAACCAUCAGCAGAAUACUAAAAAAUGAAAAGCCAGAUAAGAUUGUAAGUGCCAAAUUGAAAUCAGAAAUCUGAGAAUGCUUUUUUGGAUGUGUCACUGUGGGUAUAAUAUACAAGUACUCAAUAAUGUCCCUCUUUCCAGUAUACUGGCUACACCUCAUGUCCAUUGGUUACAAGCUACAACACGGUAAUUCUGGCAGAGUUUGACUACAAUUUACAACCACUGGAGACGUUCCCCAUCAACCAAGCCAAAGAGAGACGAAUCAUGUACCACUUGAAAGCUGAUAUGAUGCCUCACCUCUACUGGCAUGGCCUUCUGAGGUAUGUAGGGAUUUCAUCAAUUAAUACUGUAAAAAUUUGCAAAAUAAAUGGUACCAACAUAAUUAAUCUAUGCUCUUUAUUUAUCUUACUUCAGGGGAGUGUGGGGUGGACCAGCUCCAUACAGGAAACUCUUUCAUCUUGGGAUGAAAUAA